GAUUGUUCUACCCCUGUUCCCACUCUCCCUACCCUCCCCGUACUCUGUGACCACCGGGACCCCUCAAAUACCACAUCAGUUCACACUGAUGUCGAUGGAACAAGACUCCGGAGCACUGCCACGACGCAGUGCCAGGCUUGCAGUUCGUGCACGACCUGUAGUACCUCCAAGACCCAAGCAGCGACUCAGCAAGCGGAAGACUCCAGCAGCAUCAAGUACAGCAAUGACAGUACCGGUUAGCACCGGGGUUCUUCCCGCAUGCCCGGUCCAAGGGGCCAAUGAGCCGGUGGCAGCUUACUUUCAGCGGGUACAGGUAUUCACUGAUACCGUAGCUGCCGUCAAGGCUCAGCAGGAGGCAGCAGAGACAGAACGUCAGCGGCUGGCCAAUGAGGCGGCAGCCCAAGCUCAGCAGACUGCUGAGGCUGACGCAGCGGCAAGAGACCAACGGAACGUCGCCAGUACGGAGUCCCUGAUUCAUAGUGAAAGUCAGUGGACAACGUUCCUCCAAGGCAUGAUCUUUGUGCCUUCGGAUGCGCAGGCAGAUCCGACACCGGCGGAGGCAGAGAGGACUCACCUGGCUAACUUGAUGCUUGGCAUGAUGAGAGGAAUCAUGUGGAAUAACACACUGCUGCAGGCACAUCUGCGCACGGAACGACAGCAAAGGCAAAAGUACCAGCAAGACAGUGCUGUUUUAACAGCUGCCAUCCGUGCCGAAGCAACACAGCAGCAGCAACAGCAUCAGCUGUUGAACUCCGCUCUCGCAUGCAUCAACAGCAUUGAGGCUAACGCCUCAGCAGCGCCAGGCUGCACGACGGACGCGACGAAGCCACUCAAUGAGCGCAUCGAUCACGUCGUCACCAUCAUUGGCGAACUAGGUGAUUUCACCAGUCCGGCCACGAUCAGCAGCACGGUGGCUUCUAUCAAGACGGACAUCACCAAGCUGCAGACGAGACCGGACGCCGCUACGAAGACUUACAAGAUGCCGCACUUCGACAUCAGCAAGUUCGAUGACUACAACAAGUCGGACGCCUUGACAUGGUGGCAACGCUUCCUCAUGGAAGCAUCAUGCCGCACUGUCCCGGCGGACGACAUGAUGAAGGCGCUCUACUUGCAAUUGAUUGGAGGAGCACAGGCAUGGAUGAACCAUCUGGCGGCUACCAACAAAUGCACCAUCGCCGAACUCCACACGCACAUCACAUGGAAAGAGUUCGAGAAGCUAUGGCUCACCCGGUUCAUGGUUCGCAACGUCGUGAAGGCAGCCAUGAACGAGGUGUACACCUGCUCUCAAGGUAGUAUGCCAACUCGAGACUGGACAACUAAGUGGCAGAAGAUAGUGACCACACCAGGCUUCGAUUUGAGUUUUACCAAUCAACGAUCCGAGUUUUUCUCGCGAUCGUGCGCAAGACUGCGAUCGGCACUCGGCAACGAGUACGAUUACGAUUCAUUCCAGGCCAUUCUGGAUCGUGCAAACUUGGUCAUCCAAACAGAUGACAAGGCCGCAAACGAACGGCAGUCCCAACCGCAUUAUGUGGCUAAGCAUGGCUAUCAACGUCCGACACAUAACAAUGCCGUGAUUUCUGAAGAAACAGACGAUCUCCACGCUGCAGCAGCAUCCUCGAGUGAUGGAGGAAUUAUAGCAGCGCUCCCGCCGAAGCGUCCCUAGAGAUUUCGGAAGAACAAGGCGACACAAGAGACGACAUCGACGGGAACUGGGCAGCAGCCAUGGACGGCUUACAAGA